UACUGAGCUAUUUACGAAUGCAAUUCAUGGGCUGGGCAUAGAUAAUGUUAUCUGAAUAACUAUGACAUGCUAGAUUCCCUUAACAGAAUACAUUUAGAUACAAGAUUUUAAAAGAACCACAGAAAACCAGUGUAAAAAGGAUGAAGAUUGUUUCUUACUUCACCAACUUUCUUUGCACCAUAGCACUCAAAGUGUUUGCUGAAAAAGUCCAGUAUAAUGGGCAUCAAGUCCUAAGCAUUAUUCCGAAGACGGUGAGCCAUGCUGACUACAUACAAAAUGUCUGCAGUGAAUUACAGCUGGACCUUUGGAAACCAAGUAUAUUAGAGGAAAUCUCUCCUGGAAGGGAAGUACAUGUUCAUGUGCCACCUUCCCUUCUGGACCAAAUAAAAGGAAGUCUGCUUCAAAGAGAUAUUGCAUUUACAGUCAUGAUCAGUGAUGUACAAGCACUCAUUGCUAAAAGCACUGAAAAUGAGCACAGAGUGCAGACAUUGCUGUCCUCAUUUGACUACACAAAGUACCAUUCAAUGCAAGAGAUUUACAAGUGGAUUGACCAAAUCAAGCAUAAAUAUCCACAUCUAGUUACAUUAAAUUAUUUGGGAUCAACUUAUGAAAUUAGGCCAAUUUACUACUUUAAAAUUGGAUAUCCAUCUGAUAAAAAAAAGAAAAUUAUUUGGAUGGACUGUGGAAUACAUGCCCGGGAAUGGAUUUCAGUAGCAUUUUGUCAAUGGUUUAUUAGAGAGCUACUUGAACAACAUAACAGCAAUAAAGUCAUACAUAAAGCCCUAGAAAAUAUAGACUUUUAUAUUGUUCCUGUCCUCAAUAUUGAUGGGUUUGUGUACUCCUGGACUACGGAUCGUCUCUGGAGAAAAUCACGCUCACCCCAUGACAAUGGAACUUGCUUUGGAGUAGACCUCAAUCGAAACUUUGAUUCAAAUUGGUGCACUAUUGGUGCAUCCAGUAACUGUAGCGACAUUACAUUCUGUGGAACUGGUCCAGCCUCAGAACCAGAGGCCGAUGCUGUGCAACAGCUGGUGAGCAGGCUGAAAUCUGACAUCUUGUGUUUCCUGACAAUGCACUCCUAUGGACAACUUAUUCUUCUUCCAUAUGGCUAUACCAAAAAUGCCUCUGUUAACCAUGAAGAAAAGCUGUCUGUUGGGGAGACGGCAGCUGCCAAACUGGCACAGAUACAUGGGAAAACAUAUAGAGUUGGAUCAGCAUCUCACAUAUUAUAUUUCAACUCUGGCUCUUCAAGGGACUGGGCUACUGACAUAGGAAUUCCUUUUCCAUACACGUUUGAGUUAAGAGAUAAUGGGACAUAUGGCUUUGUUCUUCCAGAAGAUCAGAUCAAACCAACCUGUGAAGAAACCACAUCCGCAAUUUUGUCCAUUAUUGAACAUCUCAAUGAAAAACAUUUUAACAGCGCAUCAACAAUUUUCUCUAUAAAUCUGUGGAUAAAUCUGAGUUUCUCAGUCCUAAUUGGCACAUAUUAUUCUUUAUUUUAAUAUCUGUAACUGUCUUUAUUUUCGGAAUUUUACUAUUGUACACGCCUUCUUCUAGCAAUAACAAUAAACGACAUUCAGAUAUUCA